ACUAACAUUAAAAACAGAGCAAAAUAAACAUUCAUAUCUAAUUCUCUCCCAAACAAUUUUUAAAUUUUUUUUUAUUUUCUGUUUGUUUUUAAGGAAAAAGAAGCAAAACCCAGAAAUUUUUUUCAUGAAAUUUGAUUCAAUUUUGAUAUAGAAGUCUUCCCCAUAUAUAUAUUUGCUUGAACUUUUUUCAAUUUUGAUUUCCCUUUGAUAUUCUAACAAAGGUCGAAAAUGGGGAAUUUCAGUAGCACCGACGCGAACGAGCGACGGAGGAACGCCAUCCGGCAGAUCUACACCUCGCAGCCUCAACACCCGCCACAUCCCUCCGCUCAACCGCAACCGGGGUACAACGCCGACCCUUACGCCUACGCCGCAUCGACGCCGUACCCGGCGCAAUAUUACCAAUACCCUCGUGGCUAUUACCCGCCUCAGAACCCGGUGCCGAUGCAGUAUCAAGCACCGUACGAUCAUCGAGGUGGGUCAUAUAUGGGGAAUGCCAAUUGGGGUGGUUAUCCUUACGGAGCAAUGAUGCAUCCGGCGCCGGAACCGGUGCCGUACAUUGAGCAUCAACAGGCGGUUACCGUAAAGAAUGACGUUAAUUUGAAGAAGGAAACUUUGAAAUUGGCAGCUGAUGCGUCGAAUCCUGGCAAGUUUUCGGUUAAUUUCACGUUUGAUGCUAACGUUGCUGGAAGGAUGACCGUUAUGUUCUUCGCAAAAGAAGGUGAAGAUUGCAAACUAACACCGAUGAAAGAAAAUAUGCAACCGUCAGUAACCAUGCCUUUCGAACAGGGUACAGGACAGAAAUUCCAACAGCCACCCGGAUCGGGGAUCAGUUUCUUUAUGUUCGAGGAAUCGGAAUUACUGAACGUGGGUGAGGCCGGGAUUUAUCCCCUGGCAGUGAAAGCAGAGGUAUUUCCCGCCAACUCGAAUGAUGGAUCCCAGAAUACUCAGAUAACUCUAGCCGUGUUCGAGAAAGAGAAUGAAGAAUACCAUGUAAGAGUGGUGAAACAGAUUCUGUGGGUAAAUGGGAUGAGAUAUGAGCUGCAAGAAAUAUACGGAAUCAGAAAUUCGGUCAAUAAUAAUAAUGUCGGUACAAGUGAUGCCGGAAAAGACUGCGUUAUUUGCCUUACCGAGCCUCAGGACACUACCGUUCUUCCUUGCAGACAUAUGUGCAUGUGCAACUCCUGUGCAAAGGUCUUGAGAUGCCAGACUAAUCGAUGCCCGAUUUGUAGACAAUCGAUCGAGAGGCUUUUGGAGAUAAAGGUCAACAACAGCACCAACGAAUGAGUUAAGGACAUGUUCCUUACACUAUUUUCCAGUCUAGUAGGUUGUCGUCGAAUCGGUUUCCGAUUUAUAAGUAAUCAGUUGAGUGUCCUUCGGAGAUAAAAGCUCGAAAACAGCCCUUAUAAAUGAGAUUACAACAUUCUUGUAUUACAUAUCAGGCCCCUCAUAUGUAUAUAUACAUACAUAUACAUGCAUAUAUACAUAUAUAUAUAUAUAUGCAUGUAUGUUUCUCAACCUUUUUGUGUUAUUACAUGUAUGCAUGCAUGUCUUAAAAGUAUAUAUCGAAACCUAAUAAAAGUCUUUCACUGUGUGUUCUUACA